UUGCCGUUGUUUGCGCUCUUUCUUAACCAAUUGCCUACGAACUUCGGGUGGACCCACAAAACAGAAUGGCAUGCGGUAGCUUCAUGGACAUGGGGUGUUGAUGAUGAAACAUGCGCGAUAUGUAAGAGGGCUUUUGAUGGUUGUUGUGAUGCUUGUAAACUCCCUGGUGAUGACUGCCCACCAAUAUGGGGUGCUUGCAAUCACGCGUUCCAUCUUCACUGCAUUCUGAAAUGGGUGCAUUCACAGACUCCCCAGGCACACUGUCCUUUGUGCCGUAGAGAAUGGCAGUUUAAAGAAUGAACUUGGAAGUUAUCAUAUCCUUUAAUAAUCAAAUAUAUUUAAUGUAUGCCGACAAACAUUGUGAUUUGAACUUUGCCUGAUUACUACAUGAAUUCAUUGUUGCUAGCUUUUAAAUUCAUCUGCUAUCAAUGGUGGGAUAAAGCUGUUACAUGGGCAACUUUUGAUUAAAGUUUCAGUUCUUUUUGUUGGUCUAA